AUGCUUUUGGGUCGACUGCAUAACGAUUCUGACGAGGUGAAGCUGCUGAGACAGGAUCUCAGAGCAUUUUGGCGGAAAAAUUUGGGGUUUAGAAAAGGUCGAAAAGGUCAUUCAUGUCAAAUAACACUUGAAAGGAGCUUGUCAUAUACAGUUGAAGAAAGGUGUGCAUGCGAAGCUCCGCACUGGCCUUCGGACAAUCGUUUCAUUUACUGCUCACUUGGACAAUUGUUGAAUACUCACUGA